AUGCAACCCACGGCGGUGGACGAGGCCUUGAUUGGCGAGCCGCUCCGCCUGUCAAACGCUCGUGAGUCUUGGCUCGGGCAUUCACUUUUACCCGCUGCGCCCAGAGGGUGGCCGACGACAUCAUUGAGCAGCAAGUCUGGGGAAGAAUACGCGGGGAGAAGAGAGAGAAGAGCCGAUGCCCCGAGACAGUACAAGUCCAAACGCUGCUGGCUUUCGCGGCAUGUCGCUCAGUCAAGAAGCUUUCGUAUCGCUGCUGGCCUGAGUGCUGUACAUAGGAUGCUCGCACGUGUUGAUGGGCCAGGCAGAGAUCGCGUGCUAGGACCAAAACUGCUACGAGAUACGAUGCGAUACUACGCCAACGCCACUUCCCAACUGCCAGCAUCUGCGGAGCACGGCGCAAAUUCGCAGCUCCUGGGCGCUCUCGUCGCUGCCGAACAGCCUAUAUUUGGCUACAACGCCUGGGGACUAGCCCUGUUCCUGUCAGAUCUGCAUCUACUGCCGACGGGCCUCUUACUCAGUUGGGUUGCUGCAGUGCCGUUGAUUCUACCGGGAUGCCCACGCAGUCAGCGCCAAGUGGUCGCAUGGGCCGGCGACUGCGCGUUUCAGUUCAUCCGACGAAUGGCAGGCCGUCCUCUGUGGCCUAUCGUGGCAGUGGUGGUAUUUGAAAUCUUCAUCCCAUCGCUGGGUGCCGGUACACACAGUUCCAAGAAGAGACGCAAGGUCGGGUCCCCCGGUCAAGAGGGCGUUUUGUAUAAGUCAUCGGCACGAUAG